AUGGCGGCGCGCAGGCGCGGGCCGUACCCGCCCGAGCUUUCUGGCCCCGCCUGCUGUGGGAUUGGCUCAACUGUCGGCCUUUCCGGGGGCUGGGUUGUUUCAGUUCCUCUGUUCUGGCACUUGUUCGCCUCUAGCAGUCGGCUUGAACCUGGUGAUGUCAAGCCAAGUUCUGUCUCUGGUCGAAAUGUCUCUGCACUGGUCCUCUUGCCACAGCGGGAGCACCCCAAAGGCUGGAUUGAAUCGGAAAGCGAGCGGUAG